AUGCCCCGAGGAUCAAGCAAAUCCAAGAAGGAGGUAUCUGAGGAGCCCAAAACUACAGGCGGGAGCGGUGGUGACGCUACAGAAACAAGUCCUCCCACCCCAAAAGCAAAGAAGGGAAAGGGUGGAGAUAAAAUGCUUGUCAACGAGCCGAAUGAUGAAAAACACACUGUGGAGGAUGCACGAACCGUGCAAACACCAUCUGAUCACGAGACAAGCGCGGCUAGAAAAAAACCACCCCCAAAGGACGUAAAAGAUGAAAAGAAAAGCGAACCUGCUCAUGGAGGUGGGAGAUUGCUGAAGAAUAACCCCAAUGAUGAAGUGGUUCCGGUGGAAGGCAUGCAUAACGUCGCAACACCCCGCUCUGGUCUCAUCACAACUGAGAGUGAUGGUGCAAAAGGCACAAUGCUACGAAACGCCCCCCACGACGAAGCGAUUCCCGUAUCUGGACAUGCUAUAACAAUGGACACACCAAAGAGGACGAUUGACGUCCAUCCGGGGACCAUUACCAACACAGACGACGAUGAUGACCCCAAAAGCACAGAGGAGGAGGAGAGUGUUCCAAUCGGCCGUACACGCGGGUAUUGCAACCCCAGACCGGAGGCCAUUAACCUGGAGGCGGAAGUACCAGAGACAACAGCUCCAAAUCUUGGGUACAAACCACAGGAGUACGCUAUGGUGAACGCCAACGCUAGUCGCGAAGUGCAGGAACUUUUUAAACGCAUUCUUGAUUAUCAACCUCAGACACCAGAACUUCCCGCCAAGCUACGUCCAUUUAUUCCCGACUACGUUCCUUCCAUUGGCGACCUCGAUCCAUUCUGUAAGAUUCCACGACCUGAUGGCAAGCCCGACGGUCUGGGUAUAUAUGUGUUGGAUGAACCUUCUGUGGCACAAUCUAAUCCUGCCGUAGUCCUACUAGAACUUCGUGCAACAAAUAUUCAUUCCGUUGGUGGCUUAGCGGAAGCUGUGGAUUCUUUUGAGGAUGCAGCAAAUAGACCGGAGGUGAUUGAUCGCUGGAUAAAUGAUGUGAAGAAGGUACACUAUAAAAAGCCUUUACCCACCAUUAACUACCAAAAACCUAUGCCUGAGAUAGAUUUGCUUUUGCAGGUGUGGCCACAGGAAUUCGAAGAAUUCCUCAAUUCGGAUGUGCAGUUCCCACCCCCUCAAAUCGAUCUUGAUUUGGAUCAGUAUGUGAGGGCCUUGUGUUGUAUUCUCGAUAUUCCCACUUAUACCUCACUUAUUGACUCCUUGCACGUGAUGUUCACGCUCUAUCAGGAGUUUAGGGCGAAUCAACACUUUCAACACGAAUAG